AACUCAGACUUCUUCAGACUUUGGUCACUGAAGUUUAAAUUCUUGAUGGACUGACUGAAACUUCGAUACAAUUUAGUGAUUCACAGUUAUUUCAUGUCGUAGUGUGCUUGACUGCAUGGACCUAGGAUAAAUAAAAUUAUUUAAUUUGUCUUUCACUGUUGAAAUGGGGCUUCUUACAAUUCUUAAAAAAAUGAAACAGAAAGAGAAGGAAAUGAGAAUUUUGAUGUUAGGACUUGAUAACGCAGGUAAAACAACAAUAUUAAAGAGGUUCAACGGUGAAGACAUAAGCACAAUAUCUCCAACUCUUGGAUUUAAUAUCAAGACUUUAGAACAUAAAGGAUACAAUCUGAACGUGUGGGAUGUUGGCGGACAGAAGUCACUGCGCUCGUAUUGGCGCAACUACUACGAGUGCACAGAUGGCCUCGUCUGGGUGGUGGACAGCGGGGACAAGCGGCGUCUGGAAGCCUGCAGUAAUGAGUUGCAUGCAUUGCUAAAAGAGGAGCGCCUUCAAGGAGCCACACUCCUUGUAUUUGCAAACAAACAAGACUUACCUGGGUCCUUAACUUCUGAAGAGAUCAAAGACGUAAUUGAUCUUGACUCUAUCAAAGGCCAUCACUGGAAAAUCUUACCAUGCAGUGCUGUAACAGGUAACAACCUGCUUGUGGGCAUCGACUGGCUUGUAGGUGAUAUCGCUGCUCGAAUCUUCACUUCAGACUAAUUUUAUACUGUGAUAUUGUUUUAUGCUUCCUUUUUAUGCUCUCAACACAAUUUGUUUAGCUUUAAUAUUUUCUGAACUAUAACAGUAUUAAUAUUGAAUUAAACAAGUGUAUUAUUGUA